AAUGGAGUAGUGAUACGAAUGUGUGCGUGCGUGUGUGUGUGUCUGCGCUCACUGCGGGCGUAGGGGGAUUCAGACAUAGCCUAUCGGGCGAAAAUAGCCAACUUUAUUUGAAGUUCAUCAGUGGUUUAUUUAGACGUAAUUAUGGAUACUUAGGCCAACUUACUUAGUACUACUCCGUGUUAAAUUCAACAGGUUGGUUUAUUAGGAACUUCUUUGGACACAGUGAUAGGCUAGUCCUUGGAAAGGGCGGUGUGCGUGGAGAAGCCGUGUUAGCUGGAAUCGGGUCUCCCAUCGAUGGACGACGGACAUGUCUGCUGACAUAAACGCUUGUAAGUUAUCGUUGUAGGCUACAGUGACUGUAGAAGUUGAUCCCCAUGAAGUCUUUUGCAUGGAAACUUCUGCAAAAGUAAAGCGAUGAGGGAUCGGUUGGCGGACUUGCGAGCGGGCAGGGCACAGGAGGAGGAGGAGGUGGUGACACUGGAGAGAGAUGGCUUCAUGGAGGAUUUCUUCCAGAAGGUGGAGGAGGUCAGAAGCCUGAUGGAAAAGAUCGGCUCCGAGGUGGAGGAGGUGAAGAAGAAGCACAGCACUAUCCUGUCAGCACCCAACGCAGACGACAGGACUAAAGAGGAGCUGCAGCAGCUGACGGUGGAAAUCAAAAAGAAUGCCAACACAGUGCGAACUAAACUCAAAUCCAUGCAGCAGAGUCUGCCCCCAGACGACAUGGCCCACAGAACUUCAGUGGACUACCGCAUCCAGAGAACUCAGCACACGGUUCUGUCUCGCAAGUUUGUGGAGGUCAUGACCCAGUACAACGAGACCCAAGUGUCCUUCAGAGAGAGAAGUAAAGGCAGGAUUCAGAGACAGCUGGAGAUCACUGGACGAGUCACCACAAAUGAGGAGCUUGAGGACAUGUUGGAGAGUGAAAACCCUUCUAUCUUCACCUCAGAUAUCAUCUUAGACUCCCAGAUCACGCGGCAGGCUCUGAAUGAGAUCGAGUCGCGGCACCAGGACAUCAUCCGGCUAGAAUCCAGCAUCAAAGAGCUGCAUGACAUGUUCAUGGACAUGGCCAUGCUGGUGGAGACCCAGGGGGAGAUGAUCAACAACAUUGAGAACAAUGUGACCAACGCCGUAGAGUAUGUUGCUAGUGCUAAGGAGGAGUGCAAGAAGGCCGUACGCUACCAGAAAAAAGCUCGGCGGAAAAAACUCUAUUUGGUCAUUUGUAUAGCGGCAGCUUGUGUCCUUCUUCUAGCCAUCAUAAUUGGAGCAUCAUUCGGAUCAUGAAGCAUUUCAUGUGAAGAUAAAGGAACACAAAUGUCUUCACAUAGCCACCUGGAGAGACUGGUCCAUUCUCAAGUGAACAAGGUUUUCUUUUUUUGAUGUAAACUGAGUGACUGAAUGAGGCUGAGAUACAGGGCGCCGUAUCUGUACCUCAGUACUUUACUGGCUCUGACAAGAACAUGCACACACACACACACACACUCACACACACACACACACUAUCAUGAGCACAAACAUAAGAAUGGCUGUCUCUUCUGCAAAUAUUAUCUAAACAUAACUCAGUGAUCCUCCAGCUGCUAUGGAUACACACAGUUCUCCCUCCCUCCCACACACAGACACACACACAUGCAUGCACACACACACACACCAUAGCAUAGAACCUACUGCAUAAUAGAAUGCAUAAUGUGAACAAAGCCACAAUUGAGUUCACGGCAUGAAUAUAUGUACUAUAGUACAUGUAGUCUUUUGCAUAAUUAAACUGUAUGUAUGUGGUCCUGUCUAUGUCGCACUGUUUUCAUCUUUUUAUAUACUCUUAACUGAGCUUCAUAGAAUAUGGCUGUAUGUUAUGUAAUUGUAUUGUCGUCUGUUGCUCUUUGCUAUACGUGCCUUGUGAAUCCAAUUGAAUUAAAUGUGGACUGGAACAAAAUUAAAUUCACUCCUAAUGAAUGUAAUGGAUCUGUGAUAUGGACUGCUGUCCACAGACAAGUGCUUCUUACUGGUUGCUCGUAGACAAGGACCUGAAGUAUCAAUUUGAAUUAUAUUCCUCAUGAAUGUGACAAGUGUGUGAUGUGGACUUUCCACAGUGAAAUUGGUUAUGUCCAUUUACCCUAUUACAAUAUUUUAGAAGUUACAGUAAGUGGGUGCUUUCAUUGGUAGGAAAUAUUCACUUAUAUUGAAGUGGUGUUCAUAGAGCUUCUCCAGUCUUGCAUAGAAACAGCCAACUUGUAACAUUGUUACAUUGUCAAAGAUGUCUUGACAGGGUAACAAUGCUUAGAACAAAUGGUCAAUCAAAUGAUUACGUUACUGUAACUUACUGACCAACUUAAAGGGAUUGUGUUCUGAAAACACACUAACAUGGCUGUGGUGUUGUCCAUAAUGUCAUAUUAUAUAACAGUGAUAGCACAAUGCAUUGUAUUUUUACCUCAAUUGUGUAAUGCCCCAUUGACUUCAUUCAAAUCUUCUUAACUCACAUGCAUACAUGCCAUUGUUGAAGCCAUCCUAAUCAGGUUGUUUUGAGGACCCCAAUUGGACAGUCUGGCAGGGAACUACAAAUGGAUGAAUACAUAUAUGCAAUUAAGGGAGGGUGGGGUCAGUAAUAGUUUUAAUAGUUAAUCCUUCCACCCCAGUGCAAAAAUAAAACAUGUUUGAUAUAUGAUUCAGUAGGUAUAUGGAUUCAGUAUAUGAGUCUUUAUGAUGUUACUUCUAGAGUGGUGUGCCUUAAAUUGGUGUUUCACUACACAAUGAUGUUGGAGGAUAGAGCACUUUUUUGUUUUUCUUUUAGCGUUUUCAAUUAAACUGUCAUUUUCUGAUGGCAUUAGCCUUA